CUAGUCUUGUUCACUUAUUCCUCUCCAAGGGUGGAGUUAAUCAACUUUGCUCAGCUCAAGUUCCUAGCUGUUUUAAGGUUUCAUUAUGGCUGCAACUGGCCCCUGGUUCAUUCUAGGUCUGUUGAUCACACUGGGGAGGGUCGCCUCUCGAGCUGAAGCUAGGGCGUUUUUCGUGUUUGGCGACUCGCUUGUUGACAGUGGCAACAAUGACUACCUUGCCACCUCUGCUCGGGCUGAUUCAUACCCCUAUGGCAUUGACUAUCCUACUCACAGACCAACCGGUCGUUUCUCUAAUGGACUUAACAUUCCCGACCUUAUCAGUGAGCAGAUUGGCAUGGAACCCACAAUGCCAUACUUGAGCCCGUUGCUCAGUGGAGAGAAGCUUCUCGUUGGUGCAAACUUUGCUUCUGCAGGGAUUGGGAUUCUCAACGACACUGGAUUCCAAUUUGUUAACAUAAUCCGAAUCACCAAGCAGUUGGAGUAUUUUCAGCAAUACCAGCAGCGAGUGACUGCACUUAUUGGAGCUGAGGAGACUCAACGACUUGUCAACAAAGCCCUUGUCCUCAUCACACUUGGAGGCAAUGACUUCGUCAACAACUACUAUUUGGUGCCCUUUUCUGCAAGAUCUCGCCAGUUUGCUCUUCCUGAUUACGUUGUGUACCUUGUUUCUGAGUACCGCAAAAUUCUAGAGAGGCUGUAUGAAUUGGGAGCACGUCGUGUUUUGGUCACAGGAACCGGGCCAUUGGGAUGCGUCCCUGCGGAGCUGGCUCUGCAUAGCAGCAAUGGUGAAUGUGCAGUGGAACUGCAAAGAGCAGCUGGCUUGUUUAAUCCGCAACUUGGCCAAAUGAUAAACAGUCUCAACAGUGAAAUCGGAUCAGAUAUAUUCAUUUCUGCAAAUGCUUUCGAUAUGCACAUGAACUUCGUCACCAACCCGGAAGCAUAUGGGUUUGUGACAUCAAAGAUAGCAUGUUGCGGACAAGGACCCUACAAUGGAAUUGGCCUCUGCACAAUCGCCUCAAACUUGUGCCCCAACAGAGAUUUGUAUGCAUUUUGGGAUCCAUUUCAUCCAUCAGAGAAGGCCGGCAGAGUUAUCGUACAACAGAUCUUGUCCGGAUCCCGCCAGUUGAUGCAUCCGAUGAAUCUCAGCACCAUUAUGGCUUUAGAUUCCAGGGCUUAAGAGAUUAUAUUAUAUAGUCUCUUAUUGUCUUAUAUAAAUAUGCUAGGGUUGCUUGUUCUUCAUUGCUGUAUCUUAGUUUUGUUGGUUUGUGGUGAAAUGUUUGUUAGUUUUUAUGUGGCUUGAAUUUGUCUGCAGUAUUAGCAAGCAUUUCUGGGAUUCUUAAAUCAAAUAAUAGCUUGAUAUUUGUAAUGAUCAUCAAGUGGGCAGAUUGUUGUUCCUCUAUACGUUUGUAAUCUAAGCUUGAUGAGUUUAUUUUCAUUUUCCCUUUGGCCA